GAUAGGGCUGCAAAAGGAAACAUUUAAGUUUGGAUGUUUUUCGAAUCCCGUUGUGAGGCGACUGUCUUUCAGGGGUGUAGGUAAGCAAUUACGGUGAUUACCGGCCAUUAAAAAAAAUAUAUUCCAAAGUUGAUGACAAAGGAUUUAUUUUAAUUUUUACAAACAUGGAGAAAAAAUGUCGCAAUCGUUUUAACCGUUUCAAACCAAACGUGCAAAUGAAGAAAAUCUGUGUGAAUUUCGAUAGCCUAUGGAAAGAGAAUAAUAAUCUACAUCAAGAUAAGUGUGGCACAGCAAAAGAAUCCUUCAGAAGGCAGCACUUUGUAAAUAUAUCCAGAUCAUUCCACUUCACAAUUGACUCGUUCAAGGUUCACUAGUUGUCCCAGCAAAAUAGACGUGAAAACGCAUCAUUCGUUUAUAAUUAAACGGAAAUUCGUGCCAUAUAAAUGAUGGAGAAAGGACUUUCGAAGCAAGGCAAUCUUCUUUCGAACGCCUCAUAUGGAACUUUAAUCAGCAAGCCAAUGACGCAACUCUCUCCCGAGGAUCCGUGGGCUAUCGUUGAUCUCGUGGACGAUUCAAAAAAAUGGGCAGAAAUGACCACUAAAGAAAAAGUCUUUCGUGUUUUCGACAAUGGGCUCAGAAUAUUGUCGGCCAUCAGUUUACUUUACUUUUUCAUUUGUUCGCUGGACUUAUUGGCUAGCGCCUUCCGCCUCAUUUCCGGGAAAACUACCGGAACGAUAUUUCGACAGAACAAACUUAUGCAAAAUCCUGUUGUCGGAUUAAUGAUUGGCAUUUUAGCAACAGUUCUCGUUCAGAGUUCCUCCACAUCCACUUCCAUUGUGGUAAGCAUGGUCGGCACCAAUGUUUUAACGGUGGGAAUGGCGAUUCCAAUCAUCAUGGGGUCUAACAUUGGGACAUCUGUAACUAACACGAUCGUCUCGUUCGCUCAAAUCGGCAACAAGAACGAAUUUCGACGUGCAUUUGCAGGGGCUGUUGUUCACGAUAUUUUCAACUGGUUAUCGGUUUUCGUUCUCUUCACUGUCGAAAUCGUUUGCCAACCAAUUUUCGGUAUUGGGUACCUGGAGUGGCUGAGUGGCAUUGCGGUUGGCAAAAUCAACAGCUCCUCUUCUACAGAUGGAGAAAUUAACAUUUUAAAAGAAAUAACCGAUCCUAUCGUGGGUCUUGUCAUACAGAUUGAUCAGAAUGUUAUCAAAGGAUGGGCCAAUGACGAUCCAAGUUACGAGAAUGCUUCACUGAUUCGGCAAUGUGGAGGCAAUAUCACCGACCCUAUCCCAUGCGAGGGGAUUUUUAUUUUUGAAAAUACAACAUUGAAGGACUGGUCCAUUGGAUUGAUUCUUUUAUCUAUUUCAUUAUUCGUUCUCUGUGGCAGCAUGAUUUGCCUGGUAAAAAUCCUCAACUCAAUGAUGAAAGGACAUAUUGCCAACGUCAUUAAGCACGUCGUCAAUGCCAAAAUACCUUAUUUUCCUUGGCUAACGGGUUACAUCGCUCUUCUCGUCGGAGCUGGGAUGACAUUCAUCGUGCGUUCCAGUUCAGUUUUUACUUCAGCUCUCAAUCCGCUCAUCGGCAUCGGUUUCAUUUCCAUCGAACGAGUUUAUCCAUUGACUUUAGGAUCGAAUGUAGGCACGACCACAACGGCCCUUCUUGCAGCUUUCGCAGCUUCACCAGACGCUCUGCACGAUACGUUGCAAAUUGCGCUUGUUCAUUUAUUGUUCAACGUGUCGGGAAUUUUACUUUUCUAUCCCAUUCCGUUCAUGCGUUUUCCUAUUCCGAUGGCCAAGUUCUUGGGCGACGUGACUGCCAAGUAUCGAUGGUUCGCAAUCGUUUCUCUUGUCGGCAUGUUUUUCGUUUUACCCGCCACAGUUUUAGGUCUUUCUAUUGCUGGAACUGUCACACUACAAUGCGUCGGUAUUCCUUUCCUAUUAAUAGUUGUAGCAGCUGUCGUUAUCAACAUUUUACAGAAGAAAAGUCCAUCUUUGUUGCCGCCAGUGUUGCGAAACUGGAUGUGGUUGCCUGAAUUUUGUCGAUCGUUGGAGCCGUACGACCGUCAGCUCUCCAAAUUAUCAUGCUGCAAUAGAUUUAGCCAGGAUGAACAAGAAAAAACAGUUAAUGUUACAACGGAAAUCUCCUCAACUCCUCUUUCAAACGAAUCAAUUCCUUAAAUGAAAACCAUGACGGAGACUGAUGGUACAAUCAUGACGUAAUGCCUCCAUACUUCAAUGCCUUGUUUUCUUCUUUUUAUGGACAUAAUACAACAAAUGCGUUUUUAA